GAAGAAGGAAAGGACAGUAUCCCCGAACAUCCCUAUCUCUACGAGACUGACGUAGAGAUCUCAUUGGUUGGUGGCAGUUGCAAAAAUCCCGUUGAAAAGUUUUGGAAUGGAAGCAGUGCAAUGUAUAUUUUGCAGAAAGCUACACACAAUGAAGAAAGUGACUCCCUGGAGGAAUCAAGAACAGGUGAUGCUGUUUAUGCCCCUGAGGUUUCGCCAAAGGAGAAUCCUGGAGCCCUGGCACUUUCUGUUGGAAGAGCAAAGCAGUUGAUUUCCUUGUACACCAUGGUGCAAAACCCAAACAUGAGUUACCUGGGGAUGAGUGACCUGGUUGUGCUUCCUCCCCUCUGGGCCAGGUGUGAUGGUUCUGAUCCUCAGCACAUCUGCUGGAUUGGAGCUGAGCCUCUCAAGGCUGGAAACAAAGUCACAGGACUCAAUAUUUACACCGUUUCAUGUGAUGGUCCUACAGCUGAUAAAACCCGCUUUGCAAACCUGGAAGAGCUCAAAAUGGAACAUAAAAUAAGACAUCAUUCAUCUGUUGUGACAACAAAAGGAUUUGCUCAGUAUGAGCUGAUUGCAGCUGCUGCAAUAGAGGACACCAUUGCAGAAUCUGGAAGCAACAUCUGUGUGGAUAUCACAUGGAAUGGUGUGGAAAAGAUUCUGGAGACUCCCCCACUGAUCUCUGCUGCCACCCUGAAUAUUGCCCUGGAGUCAGGGGACCCCCGAAGUCCUGUGUUCCAGCUGUACCGAGAGCUGCAGUUCCUCCUGGCUUUGGCUGAAGGUCUGAGGACGGGUGUGACUGAGUGGCCUGAGCCAUCAGAGUCUGAAUCAGCUCUUAAACUGGUCCAGGAAUUUCUGACUGAUUUAAAGAAGAAGCUGGAUGGAGAUUAUAUAUUUGGAAACAAGAAUGAAACAGAGAAAAUCAAGUGUGACACAGAUGCUGUGGACAGUUGCAUAAAAUCAAUCUUUGGUGAGCGAGGAGACCUGGAUUUUACUGAGCAAUUAUGGUGCAAGAUGAAAAGUGUCAGUUCCUAUCAGGAGUUAAUAGACUGUUUCACACUGGUCAUAAAAUCCCUGGAACAUGGUGAGAUACAACCAUGGAUUCAUCAAGGGAGUAGCAGUUUCUUAAGUCAAUUGAUCCAGCAGUCCUACCAUGGAAAGAUGGAGGAUGUUUCCCUCAGUGACAUCACUCCCAUUCAGAUGCUCCUGGAGAUUGGCUUGGAGAAGAUGAAGAAGGAUUAUGUCAGUUUUUUCAUAGGCCAGGAACUUGCAACAGUAACCUACUUGGAUUACUUCAUUUCCACAUCCGUGGAUCUGCAGGAACAAGUCCAGCGUGUUCAAAAGCUUCACCACAUGCUGGAAAUCAUGGUCAGCUGUACAGGCUUACUGCAGUUCAGACAUGAGAACCUCUUCCCUUUGACACAGAUUUGCAUGAAGUAUUACAAGGAGAACCCUCUGAAUGAGAAGCACGUGUUUCAGCUGCCCAUCACACCAGCUCUGGUGAAGAAAUUCUAUCAAAAUGAUAACCCUGAAGUCUGGAAGGUGGAGAUAAGUAGUGGGCAUGGACAGAAGGAGGUUAAAACAACGUGGCAAGUCAGUACCAGUGCUCCAGUUGAACAUGGCACAGCAAAUAAUUCAGGUUUCUUUUCUGACUCCACAGUAAAUGGAAGCAGUGAAGAGAGGCUGUAUUUUAUUACCAUGACUCAGUGCAGUCAGGUGCAGUUCACUUAGGUUGAUGUUGCUGAGCAGGCAGGACUGGAAAGGUCAAAAAAAGGGGGAAAAUUCAGUGUUUUCUGUCCCAACAGAACUUUUAGAAACACUCUGGGCUUCAAACAGUUCAUAUUCAUUGAUUUAUUUGCUUUAUUACACUUAAGUGGAACCUCCACAGCCACAAUUCACCUGUAGCACCUAAUUUUUAAAAAUGUAGUGCAAUUAUGACUGUACAG